AUGUGGAAUCAUAACUCGGUGGAGCGUUUUGCAAGUGCCAUGGCGGGUGUCAUUAUUUUGUUCACAAUUUUUCACUGGAGCCGUUUCCUAUACAGCCGUUGCGCUUCAAGAGGGAUGCAGAAGUCAGGGCCAUUGAAGGCCCAAGUUUCAGUGGCUCGAAUGGUUAGACACGUACUUACACAUCGAGUCCCUGGCUUCGCGUCCAUUGGACAUGCGCUCCUUGUUACGGUUUAUCUUGGAAUCAACAUUGUUUUGACAGUGACGAAUAUCGACUGGUCGUCCUUGAUUGGAAUCGCGACCCGCUUGGGAUGGAUGGCGAUAGCCAAUGUUGCAUUUAUCACUUUCUUGGCUCUUAAAAACACCCCUCUAGCGUUCUUGACGGCCUAUUCUUAUGAACGUCUCAACCCACUUCAUCAAGCUGCUGGGUACAUCACCAUAACACACGCUUUUCUCCAUGCAACUAUGCAGUGCGUUCUAUUGGUUGACCGACUGCAUCUCAACAAGUUUCUGUUGGAGAUAGAGCAAAUACACGGCAUCACGGCUGGAUCGGCACUUCUCGUCAUGCUGGUAUUCGCAGUGCUGAUCAAACGAAUGCGAUACGAGGUGUUCUAUCUCAGCCACAUCUUCACCCUCGAUCGGCUACUGCGAGCAUGGAGGCUCUUUUGGUAUAGCUAUGACAACCGAGCAACACUUGUUCCUUUGCCUCAUGGAGGAACACGCAUUGUCCUCCGCCGAGCUCCCACAAGAGCCAUUCCAGGAAACCAUUGCUUCGUUUGGAUCCCCGAGAUCCGAGCCUUUGAGACCCAUCCUUUCACUAUCGUCAGCAAGUCUCUCAGUUCUAUUGAACUUGUCGUUGCUGCAUAUGAUGGCUUCACAGACGAUCUUCACAACUUUGCUGUCAAGCAUCCAGGUGCCAGCCUUCGUGCCUCAUUUGACGGGCCCUACGGCACUGUUCCAAACUUCGCAAAGUGUGCCGAUAAAGUAAUAUUGAUUGCCGGAGGCAGCGGUGUAUCUUUCACAUUCGGAGUUGCUCUCGACAUGGUCAGGAAGCUGUCCCAUAACUUGCCGAAGCCAAAGAUUGACUUCAUCUGGGCUGUCAGAGAGCCAGAAAUCUUCGAGUGGUUCAGCAAAGAGCUCAAGGAACUCAAAGAAUCUCCGCGGGUCAAUGUUAUACUACACUCGACCCGUAUGAACUUCGACCGGAGUCCACCAUCCCCCGUGUUGCCAGCCAUGUCGCCUAUCAUUCCCGAAGACAAGUCCGAGGUCGCUAACCACACACCGAUUGGUGAUGAAAAACAUCAUGCUAUCCAUCCAUCCAUAUCUCACUCCCCUCUAUCCACCUCCAACUCGAGAUUCGAUAACUUCCCACACGACGUUGAGAAGCACUCCACUUCCAUGACCAACACCACACACGAGUGGGACUCGACAUUGCAUGGCGUACUACCUAGGCGACCAGACAUCGAGACACUGAUCAAGAACGUUGUUGCGUCUGCAGGCGACGAUGAGAGGAUUGCCAUUGCGGCCUGUGGUCCAGACUCGCUGAUGUGGGAAGUGAGGCGGACGGCGACCAACGCAAUCAAAAUGCAAGGACCGAGUAUCGAGUUGCACUGCGAACAAUUCGGCUGGUGA